AUGGCGGGCCGGUCGGCCAGGCCGAGGAUUCAGAAGGAACUGGCAGACAUCACUUUAGACCCUCCACCCAACUGCAGUGCUGGUCCCAAAGGUGAUAACAUCUAUGAAUGGAGAUCAACCAUUCUAGGGCCUCCAGGAUCCGUGUAUGAGGGUGGUGUAUUCUUCCUUGGUAUCACUUUUACACCAGAAUAUCCUUUCAAGCCUCCAAAGGUUACAUUUCGGACAAGAAUCUAUCACUGUAAUAUUAACAGUCAAGGAGUUAUUUGCUUGGACAUAUUGAAAGAUAAUUGGAGUCCAGAACUAACCAUUUCUAAAGUCCUCCUUUCCAUCUGCUCACUUCUUACAGAUUGUAAUCCUGCCGAUCCCUUGGUAGGAAGUAUUGCCACUCAGUACAUGACCAGCAGAGCAGAACAUGACAGAAUGGCCAGACAGUGGACCAAGAGAUACGCUACAUAA